AUGACUGUGUUGUCUCCCGGCGUGUGGAAUAAUAUCUCAGCCAGUAUUGGGUCUAGCGGUGGAUCGGCCAGGUCGUGCGGAUCGGCCACGAUCGACGGUAAAGGAUCGUCCCGCGGCACAGGAAAGCUGAGAAAUUCCAAUGGCGACGUCGAUGCGUUUGAUCUCGAUGAGUACGUGUGGGGAAUCUCUUCCGUCCUGUCAAGCUUCUUGGGCUGUCGCCCACUGCGAGCUCAUCGACUGAACACACAAGGCACCCGGGCACACGUGCACCGUUGA